CAGGUUAAUUUGGAGCUGGUUAUUAACUCAGGCAAGCAAGGGAUAUCGCACAAAGGACACAAACUGGAAGGACUCAGCAGUGCCUGGGUGCCCAGGGAGCCACUGCCUGAGUCCCUAGAGGCGGUUACCAAGAGAAAACCAGACAUGAACGUGACCAAAGGAGGUCUAGUCAUUUUCACGGCCAACUCCAACCCGUCCAGCAGAGAGCUGGGCCGAAGGAUCGCAGAGCGAUUGGGUGUGGAGCUUGGAAAGGUGCAGGUUUAUCAGGAAGCUAAUAGAGAAACACGUGUUCAGAUCCAGGAGUCUGUGCGCGGCAAAGAUGUCUUCAUCAUCCAGACUGUGUCGAAGGACGUGAACACGACCAUCAUGGAGCUGCUGAUCAUGGUGUACGCCUGUCGGACAUCCUGCGCCCGGAAUAUAAUCGGAGUCAUUCCAUACUUCCCGUACAGCAAACAGUGUAAGAUGAGGAAAAGGGGUUCCAUUGUGUCCAAACUCCUCGCCUCCAUGAUGUGCAAAGCAGGUCUCACUCACCUCAUCACCAUGGAUUUGCAUCAAAAGGAAAUCCAGGGAUUUUUCAACAUUCCCGUCGACAACCUGCGGGCGUCGCCUUUCCUCCUGCAGUACAUUCAGGAAGAGAUACCCGACUACAGAAACGCUGUGAUUGUGGCCAAGUCUCCAGCGUCGGCCAAAAGGGCGCAGUCCUUUGCCGAGAGGCUCCGUCUGGGAAUAGCGGUGAUCCACGGUGAAGCGCAGGAUGCUGAGUCGGACCUCGUAGACGGGCGUCACUCCCCGCCGACGGUGAAAAAUAUCGGUGCCAUCCACCCCAGCCUGGAGAUUCCCCUGUUAAUUCCUAAAGAAAAACCUCCAAUAACUGUGGUGGGAGACGUUGGGGGCAGAAUCGCCAUCAUUGUUGAUGACAUAAUCGACGACGUAGACAGUUUCCUGGCAGCGGCCGAGACCUUGAAAGAGCGAGGCGCUUACAAAAUCUUUGUCAUGGCGACACACGGGAUCCUGUCCUCUGACGCGCCGCGUCUCAUCGAGGAGUCGGCCAUCGAUGAGGUGGUGGUGACCAACACCAUUCCUCACGAGAUCCAGAAGCUGCAGUGCCCCAAAAUCAAGACGGUCGACAUCAGCAUGAUCCUCUCCGAGGCCAUCCGCCGCAUUCACAACGGAGAAUCCAUGUCCUACCUGUUCCGCAACAUAGGCAUGGAUGACUGACAGGCAGCCCCCCCCCCGGCAGGCUCCGCCCACAUCACUGCCACUCCGGUCACGUGCGCAGAGGUCAAGUCUUUCAAAGAUCGGCAGUCAGUUUUCUGCUAUUAACUCAACCAUAGUUUUUUAAUGUCCCCAUGGUAUUGGUUACCUGUUCAUUUCCACUGUGAAUGCAGUUAUGUUGAAAAGUGUUAUAUGUGCUCAAAGGCCACUCAGCACUGGCCAUCUCUCUCUCUCUCUC